CACACGGUUGCCAACCACUGGACGAACCGCCCAACAUAGAAAUCAAUUGAAUUCUUCUGUGGACUCCCCCCCCCACCCCAGCAUACAAGCUGUACAUACUACCCACCGCAAAUUCCAUCUAGCCCCGACCCCGACCCCGAACCCAUGGAAUCCAAGCCAUACGACGUGGUCCUCUUGGGGCCUACCGGCUACACAGGACGCUUCUGUGCGGAGCACAUUGUCAAGCACCUGCCCACCACCCUGAAGUGGGCGCUGGCCGGUCGCUCGCUCCAGAAAAUAGAAUCCAUAGCCCAGGAGCUGAAGGCUUUGAACCCGGAUCGCGCGGACCCCGAUGUCCUGGCUGUGCAACUCACUCGCGAGGAGCUGCACCCGCUCGCGCAGAAGACCCUCGUCAUCAUCAACUGCGUGGGGCCUUACCAUCUGUAUUCCACGCCGGUGAUCGAGGCUUGCGCCAGCAAUGGAACACACUAUGUCGAUGCCACGGGAGAAACACCCUGGGUCAGGGAGAUCAUCGAAAAGUACCACGAGACAGCCAAGGCGAACGGGGCUAUCAUAAUCCCAUCCGUGGGCAUCGAAAGCGCCCCAGCAGACCUACUCACCUGGGCCUUGGUCAAGCGCGUCCGCGAAGACCUCUCCAGCCACACGAGGGAAGUCAUUUGCGCGAUCAACGAGAUGACCUCCUCCGGCGCCAGCGGCGGCACACUCUCCACAAUACUCAGCACCUUCGACACGCUCACCGUCAGCGACCUCCUCAAAUCCGCCUCCCCCUUCACCCUCGCCGCCUCGGCCCCCCCCAGCGACAUCCCGGCGGAACCCCUCCUAGCCAAACUCUCCGGCGUCCGCUCCGUCCGGGACAUGGGCACCCUAACGACCUCCCCCUCCGGCCUAGCCGACAUCACCAUCGUGCACCGCAGCAGCACCCUCAUGCCGGAGUUCUACGGCCCGCGGUUCUACUUCCGCCAGUUCCUGCGCGCGCGGAACACGCUCACGGGGAUCCUCUUCCACUACGUCUUUCUGCUCGCCGUGUUUCUGUUGAUUCUUCCGCCCGUGCGAGCCCUCGCGCGGAGAUAUGUGUAUGCGCCGGGUUCCGGGCCCAGGAUCGAGGACUCGGUUAAUGAUCAGGUGGAGUAUCGCGCUGUGGCGACGGCGGAUCAGGCCGGGGUGGCGCCGAAGCGCGUGUUGGGCAAGUUGACGUAUCGGGGUACGAUGUAUGCGUUUACGGGGAUGUCGUUGGCGGAGGCGGCGAUGGUGUUGAUUGAAUGUGAGGAGAAGGUUAGGAGGGUGUCCAGAGGGGGUAUUGUUACUACGGCUACUCUGGGGCAGGAGUUUGUCGAUCGUUGGGAGAAGGUCGGCUGUUUUCUUGAGACGAGGGUUGUGGAUUGAUUACUUACCUACCUACCUACCUAUCUACGUAGGAGUAUUGGUGUUUCUGUG